CUCUAAAAGAUAAUAUUCACAAAAAUAUAUCAAGGGGUAAAAAGCUCUAAAAGAUUCUUCCACGUUAACGCGAGGCGGAGAAGAGCUCGUUGAAGCUCACCUCACCUCUUACAUGGCAACCGCAGCCAGAGCUUUUACCCUUUCUCGCGUCACCGCCCUGUCAUCGGACCGGCUCCACUCUCGACACUCAUUUUCCCGCCACCACCACCACCUCCUCUGCUGCUUCCCCGUACGGAGCCGUUUCUCACCCUCAUUUUCCGCCACGGUCAGCUGCCUCAGCGGCGGCGGUGUCUUCAACGACGACUUCGUUUCUACUCGUAAGUCGAAUUUUGACCGCGGUUUUCGCGUGAUUGCCAAUAUGCUUAAGAGAAUUGAGCCUUUUGACACUUCCGUUAUCUCCAAGGGAGUUUCUGAUGCUGCCAAGGACUCCAUGAAGCAGACCAUCUCUACUAUGUUAGGCCUUCUCCCUUCUGAUCAGUUUUCUAUCAACGUUAGGGUUUCUAAGCAACCUCUCGAUUCGCUUCUUGUGUCAUCCAUCAUCACGGGGUAUACGCUAUGGAAUGCUGAGUACAGGAUUUCGCUGAUGAGGAACUUUGAUAUAUCGGUGGAUGGUUUAAAUAGGUUGAGCGUUUCAAGAGAAAGUGAGGUUUCGGACAAGCAAUGUGAAAAAAUAGAAAGGGAGAGUAGCGAGAUUGGUGUUGAAAAUUUGGAGGAAAUAAGUCCGCAAGUUUUUGAGGUUUUGCCUCAGGAGGCUUUGAAUUAUAUACAGCAGUUGCAAUCCGAGUUAUCUGAUGUAAUGGGGGUAUUGGAUACUAUGAGGCAGAAGAAUAGGAAAAUGGAAUUUGACAAGGCAAAUAGGAACAAUUUAUUAGAGUAUUUGCGAUCCUUGGAUCCUGAUAUGGUGAAGGAAUUAUCCCAACCGUCAUCAGUGGAGGUGGAAGAAAUCAUUCACCAACUUGUUCAAAACAUAAUGCAAAGAUUUGUUAAAGAUGAUACCACAUCAAAUUUUAUAGUAGAUUUCAUUGCUGUAAACACUGAAAAUAAACAAGAUGGCUUGGAUGAAAAUUGUUACACAGUAGGCACAUCCCGAGAUUACCUUGCAAAGUUGCUUUUCUGGUGUAUGCUGUUGGGCCAUCAUUUGAGAGGGUUGGAGAAUAGACUGCAUCUGACCUGUGUUGUUGGAUUGUUGUAGAGGCAUGGCAUGUAUAUUCUUUUCAGUUUUCUUUUCUCAUAGUUUAAAUGUAUAACACGCAAUUUCAAUUUAGAAGGAGCAAGCAUUUCCCUAGAAACAUAUUUGCCAAAUUUUGUGUCAUCUGUAUCGUUGCUAUGGGUUUAGACCAUCCUAUGUCUGCACAUGGUAUGUUAGUAUUUGUCUAAUGUUUGUGUUCAUUUGCUUCAAUGCAUGUUAAUAGAAAUGCCCAUAUUGUCUUCA